AUGGCAGACAAAUCCGCGGACCUGGUCGCGUACGCGAAGGAGAUCGCGCCGACGACGGACCUCUUCGCGAUCCUCGGCGUGGACGCGACGUCGACCAACGACGAGAUCCACCGCGCCUGGCGCCGCACCGGUCUCAAGUACCACCCGGACAAGGCGGGAGACGCCUACGACCCGGAAAAGUACGAGGGCAUCACGCGCGCCCGCGAUGUGCUCCUCGACCCGGCCGCCCGCGAGGCCUACGACCGCUCCCGCGCCGCCGCCCUCGAGAACCAGCGCCGCAAGGAUGAGAUGUCGGCAGGCCGCCGGCGCAUGAUUGAGGAGCUCGAGGCGGCCGAGAGGGCCGCGAGGGGUCAAGGGGGGCUGGGAGGACAGCAGCAGCAGGAGCAGGAGAAGCUGUCGGCAGAGGAGGCGCGCCAGAGGCAGGAGGCCAUGCGGGCCUGGGAGGACCUCAAGAGGAAGAGGCGGGAGGCGGAAGAGAGCGAGAGGUUGGCCGCUUCUGAAAAGGAGAUGAAGAGCCGGGCCGAUGAUGCCGAGCGAGACGCGCGAGAGGCGGCGAUCGAGCAGAAGCUCAGGGAGAACGCCGAGAAGAAAGCGGCCAAGGCGAGGAGAAAAGCUGAGAAGGAUGGUGUGCCAUUACCAACACAUUCAGACGCGCCACCGUCGGGCAAGGAACACGGGCCGGAUGACGCCAUGACUGCUGUCCGGCAGACGGUUGCGGAUGCCAUAAAGACCGCAACACUUGCCAGGGAAUCAGGCUCGCCAGCUUUGGAGGAGAACCUUGCCUCGUCGAUUGAGAAGACAAGAGAUUCUGCAAAAGCAGCAAACUGGCUGGUCAUGGCCAUGAGUAAGGAACCAGUGGCCGCGCAAACAAAUGCCAGUAGAGAAAAUAGCCCUUGGUCAACCAUAAAAGCCAAGGCGGCUGCCUACCAGACGUGGCGGGAUGCUACGGCCGCAUUUUUGAGUGCACAUCCAGCCGACGGUCAUCAAGACUCGGCAUAUUCAAGGGAAAACGUGCUGGCAGCAACCGAAAAGACAUUGCAGUCGGCGCAAAAAACAGAGCAGUGGCUACGAGAGGCUUUAGAAUGA